UCCGAUAUUGAAUCUCGAGUACUUCAAGUGCAGGCACUUAAUGUUAUUGAUGUGGUACUUUAGCUUCGUCAACAUUCCACGAAAUAUAUCAUGCGCGGGACACUGUCGACGGCGGCAGUAUGUGGGUUCUGGAACCCGCGGGUAAAGCGAGCGGCGAUAUCUGCGAUCCCUUCGUUCCUGCCAUCUACUUCGUCCGUGAUCGCCAUCCUUGGAGCCAACGUCGACGCGAACUCGUCCUACUUGACAGGGACCGCCGCAGCGCCGGAUGUCAUUCGAGCCGCGUUCCACUCGGACAGCGCCAACGGGUUCUCUGAAAGCGGUGUGGACCUCAUGCACAACGCUUUGAUCACGGACAUGGGCAACCUCGUUCCCUCGUCCGCGUCGAUGUCGUCGCUGUCGGCCGCGGCGCAAACUAUCAUUGCGCACGACAAGCGACUGCUUACCCUCGGUGGGGACCACUCCAUCACGUACCCCCUCGUCAAAGGCGUCCGUCGCGCGUUGUGUGCUCGUGGUGAGACCCGCCUCAACAUCCUCCACUUGGACGCGCACAGCGACCUGUACGAAUACGACAUAUUGAACCAGAACAAUCGGUACUCGCAUGCUUCUCCGUUUGCGCGAAUCCUCGAGGAAGGAUUGUGUUCGCGACUGGUUCAAGUAGGCGUGCGCACCCACACCCAGCACACUCGAGCCCAGGCCGCCGCGUACGCCGUGGAGACCCACGAUAUGCGAUCGAUCUCGUCAUCAUCGUGGCCGCCAAAGCUGUCCUUUGACGGACCUGUGUACGUGACGGUAGACUUGGACGUGCUGGAUCCCGCGUUUGCUCCUGGCGUGAGUCACUUCGAGCCCGGUGGGCUGUCGACAAGGGAUGUCCUUUCGCUCGUGCAAACAUUCGCGGGCGAUGUCAUUGCUAGCGACGUCGUGGAGCUGAAUCCAUCCAGAGAUGUUGGAAGUUACGGCAUGUCCAUCUCUGGAGAGGCGCCCAGCGGCGUCACGGCCAUGGUGGCGGCCAAGAUCACCAAGGAACUGCUUGCGCGAAUGCUCGAAUCCGCCGAGGCUGCCACUAGUAGUAGUACUUCUACCUAACGAAUGUCUGUAUUCCCCUAUUUUACGGACGAAUGCCCGAUAUAUUUGACCAUGUGCCCGAUAUAAUUAGCCAUGUGCCCGAUAUAAUUAGC